AAGUGGCUUUGUCGGGACGGUGUCGUGACUCGUGGUUCACCGAACGCCAGUACCCACGCUUGCCUUCCUGGGCGGGUGUAAGAUCAACGCGCGAUGCUGCAGCGUGAUGAGCGGCGCAGCAGCAAUGGGAGGCCGCCUUGCUCGCGCGUUCGGUGUGAUUUGAUUUGCGAUUGAUGAUCUCCUGCAAUGUCUGCCAAGAAGGGCAGUCAGAGGUGGGGUUUUCUGCAGCGCCGGGAGCGCUUUCCACGGCUGGCCCUGGCGUGGUCCGAACCUUGUUGCUCCGGCACGGGACAUUUUUGCUUCGAGUACCGCCCGUCUGCCGUCGAGGUGCGGUGGUACUGUACCACAAGACGACACGCGUGGCAGUCCAGAGAGGAAGUUGCAGCAGCCAGACUCGGGGUGUUGGGCUUGGCCAGAGGGUCGGAUGUGGCCUGGGCCGGUGGAAGAAUGCAAAAAGUACUUACAUCACGAGCCUUGGUUCGGAAGGAUCAGAGUCGAUGUUCUGGACAGCGCUUCAUACGGCUGGAACGGACGAUGGCGCAAUGCAAAUACGGGCGGUGAGGCACACAUUUUAUGUCGCUUGGACACUCGAUUUAAACAUGCUAGUCUCGGCCAAGGCGCGAGCCGAAGAGGGACGGUCAGAGCCCUAAACCUAUCCGUCCCAUGCUGCGCACGCAUGCACGCGUGCAGACGUGCAUUUUCAACUCGUCAUUUUUCCCGGACAUUGAUGGGGACGACGAAAUGGUGGACCGCUCGACAAUAUGCAGCCACGGGGUGUCGAAGGCAGCGUGGCGCAUGCACUCUCACGCGUGACACGUUCGAAAUCGGACGCUGCGUUGUCGUCUGCUGACCUGGUCUACGAUCUAUGCCCAAUCCAUGACAUCUCGGCUCA